UUAUCCGAGACAUCGCAGCUUCGAGCCAAAACUGGCAAGAUGUGCCACGUUCAGCGCGUGAUAAACACCUGCGGCCAUCGCAACGACCACGUCUCUCUCUCCUGUCGCUUCGCCAAAGCUGGCCACAACCUGGCAAUGCCUAUUAGCGAUUCGAAUUCCAAUCUUUCGCAUACCACUACUACCACGAGCACGAGCACGAGCACGAGAAUGAGCACCAGCGCCGCGACGACUACCACCACUACUACUGUCACAACCAUAACCACUACUACCACUACCGCGAACCCUACCGCCGCGAGUAGUAACUAUGAUAGUAAUGAUAGCAUUGUGAACAGUGCUGGUGCUUCGACCGCGAUCCAACACCAUGGAUUCCACGCUUAUACGGAGCCCUAUUGUAUCUACGCAACUGUCCGGACACUGGACUCGCCGGCAGGUUUUAUGUGUAUGGUGGAAGGAUGUGGAAGAGCGGGUUAGAUUCUCUGGACCAUGGUUGCGUAUGGUUGUAGAUUCCGGGGUUGUUAUUUGUGGUUUCUCGCUUUCACUUUCUCUUCAGCAUGGUGUAUGGAGUAUGAUUGGUUUCUCUUUAUAGGACGGUUUUUCAUUGUGCUUCGCUUUAUGUAUUUAUAUUUCUGGCAAGGGUUGUGCUUUUCAAG